CGCUGCUCUCUCUGUUCCAGAGCUGCCAGGCUGGAGUGGCUCAGUGGAGGGCAGCGUGCAGCGGGUUAUUACGGGCAGCCGCAGGCCGAGGCCAGUGCAGAUGGAUGCUCUGCAGUAUUCUCCAGAGACGCAAGGCUGCCCAGUUCCAAUCGCCUAAAUCCUGUGGUGGAUUGAUUCAAGCCAAUGGAGCCGUUAUGCAACACACCAGAUCAUUUUACAAUACAAAUAAGCGUCUUUCUGCUAAGGAUUCCUUGCAGCCAUCUGAAGAGAAAGUGGGUGCCUUCACAAGGAUCAUAGAAGCAAUGGGUUUCACAGGACCUCUGAAGUACAGCAGAUGGAAAAUUAAGGUAGCAGCUUUGCGCAUGUACACGUGCUGUGUGGAGAAAACUGACUAUGAGGAAUUUUUUAACAGGUGCCACAUGCCUGAUACGUUGAAUUCAUGGUUUCUAGUAGCCCAGCUUCAUGUCUGGAUGUGCCUGGUCCGAAUGAAGCAGGAGGGUCGCACGGGCAAAUACAUGUGUCGCUACAUAGUUCACUGCAUGUGGGAGGAUGUUGAACAGCGUGGCAAGGUGAUGGGG